CUACUACCUGUCUUACGGAAUAACUGUAACUUAACUAGCUCUAAACCUGUGCCCUGUGGGUUCGUUUUUAAAGUAGUUUAAAACGCAACCCAACAUCUAUAGAGAGAUCAUUAAAUACAUACGCAAAUAUGCCUUUAUUUAGUGGACGAUGUUAUAGUACCGUUAAGUUGAUUGGCAAAACCGCUAUAAUAACUGGGUGUAACACAGGGAUUGGAAAAGAAACUGCCCUAGAUUUUUACAAAAGAGGUGCUCGAGUAAUAAUGGCUUGUAGGAACAUAGAAAAAGCUGAAGAGGCCAAAAAGGAUAUUAUAGAAGCAUGUAAUAAUUUGACAGAUACUGGUAAUAUUGAAGUACAGAAAUGUGACCUCUCUUCCAUGCAAUCCAUAAGAGAAUUUUCACAAAAGAUCCUCGACAGUGAGCCACAAAUUAACAUCUUAGUAAAUAAUGCUGGUGUAAUGAUGUGCCCAAAGGAGGAAACAGAGGAUGGAUUUGAAAUGCAAUUUGGCACAAAUCAUUUAGCACACUUUCUUUUGACAAUGUUGCUGUUACCGAGAAUUAUUAACAGUAAACCAGCUAGGAUAGUAACCGUCUCAUCUAGAGCACACACAAGAUAUGACAUGAAUUUUGAUGAUCUUAAUUACAAGAAUAGAAGGUACAAUAGCGCUGAAGCAUACUCACAAAGCAAACUUGCCAAUGUGUUAUUUUCUAGGGAAUUGGCAAACAAACUAAAGGAACACAACAUUGAUGGUGUCAACACUUACAGCUUACAUCCUGGUGUUAUUAAAACUGAGCUAGGUAGACAUUUAAAUGAGACCCUCUUUAAAGGCUCGAGACAGAUAAUUGGAUUUUUAGUUGGUCCUUUCAUGAAGUCACCAGAGCUUGGAGCACAAACUUCUAUAUACUGCGCAGUAGAUGAAAAGUGCGCUAAUGAAACUGGUCUUUAUUAUAGUGACUGUGCAGUUACUAGUCCAGAUAGAAAAGCUCUGAAUGACGAAUAUGCAAAAAAAUUAUGGGAACAAUCAGUGGAAUUAGUAAAACUGGGAGACUACAAUCCCUUUACAGCUAGUGACCCUGGAGUAAAGAGUGCAAUUUAGUGUAAUUUUUUUAUUUGACUAAUUAAAAAUGUAUUUAUAUAUUUUACCUUCUGCUUAUUAAUGCAGGAAUAUGAACACAUAAUUGUUAUUUGUAUAUUAAGAACAAUUUUUGUUUAGAAAUAAGUAAGGAACAAAUUAUUUUUAUAUUUAAAUUUGAUUAUAUUAAUCUUUGUUAUCUGAAAUAUACACGUUUUGUAUGUUA